AUGGCCUUUCUCACUAUUCCAAAUGGUAGAAAAUGGAAAGUCAAGUUGACACAACAUGCUGGGGGGGUUUGGUUUCAAAAUGGUUGGUCCGAAUUUGCAAGCUCUUAUGGUGUAGCCGUGGGGCACUUGCUGGUUUUCAAAUAUAAAGGAAAUUCACACUUUGAUGUACUCAUAUUUGAUGCCACUGCAACAGAAAUAGACUAUACUUUAGACAACGAACUCCAAGUUCAUAGGAUCGAAGAUGAUGAGAGUGAUGAUAGCUCUGUUGAAAUCAUCAAACACUUUUAUAGGGGAGAGGGUUCAGCCCAUCCUAAGAAAGACGGUGGUGUAGCUGAAAAUCUUGUUAUAGCCAAUGCUUUUAAAUUAGAAAAUCCCAUUUUCACUGUUAUCAUUCGUCCAUCCUACGUUAAUGGCAAGGAUCAUGCGAGUUUACCCCAAGACAUUAUCAACUACUUACCGAGAGAAGGGUUUAUCAAGGACUACACCAAAGCAAGUAUACUCCUUGCAAGCUCCAGAUUGUGGACCGAUUAUGGCCUGUGA